AUGGCGGCGGCCGGUGAGGAGACGGAGGCGACGGACUGGGCGUUGCCGCCGGAGGUGGAGGUGCUGGAGUCCAUCUACCUGGAGGAGCUGCGGGUGGCGCGGGGCCGCGGCAGGUGGGAGCCUUGGGAGAUGAGCAUCACCCUGCACCCCGCCACCGCCCAGGACCAGGACUCCCAGUACGUCUGCUUCACCCUGGUGCUCUCCGUGCCCCCCCAGUAUCCCAACAAAGUUCCGGAAAUCUCAAUCAGGAACCCACGGGGGCUGUCAGAUGAGCAAAUUCAAAAGAUUUCCCAGACCCUCAAAAGUGUUGCUGAAGCCAGGCUGGGGACAGAGGUGCUCUACGAACUGAUUGAGAAGGGGAAGGAGAUUCUCACUGACAACAACAUUCCUCAUGGCCAAUGUGUGAUCUGCCUCUAUGGAUUCCAGGAGAGAGAAGCCUUCACAAAGACCCAGUGCUACCACUACUUCCACUCCCACUGCCUGGCCCGCUAUGCCCAGCACAUGGAGGAGGAGAUCCUCAUGCAGCAGGAGGAGAGAGAGCAGCACCUGGCACCUUCCCCCAAACAGGAAGUCGGUGUGCAGUGCCCUGUCUGCCGGGAGACCCUGGUCUACGAUCUCUGUGCUCUGAAGGCAGCGCCACCCCCGCAGCACCCACUGGAGCCAUACAUGCCAGAUGACAAGAUGCUGCGGCACCAAGAAGAACUGCGCGUAAUUUUCAAGAGACAGCAAGAGAAAGGGGGCAUCAUUGACCCUGAAGCAGAGAGGAACCGUUACUUCAUCAGCCUCCAGACGCCUCCAGCUGCUGUUGAUCCAGGCCAAGCAGCCGCUGCCUCUGAGCCGUCGGUGAGUGCAAGCGCUGUGGACGCGUCCCAGCCACCCAGCCAAGCCUCGGCUCCAGAGCCAGCCAGGGCACCGGAGGCCAGGGCAGAACCCGGGCAGCCCGAGAGGCUUGCGGUGCCCAGGGAGCAGCAGAACAAGAGGGAGAGGUACAGAGGGGAGAGGUCAGGCCCCAGAGGCCAGGGCAGGCAGUUGUGCAGCGGCUCACAGGAACUGGCAGAGGAAGCCUGUCACUCACUCCAUGGCUCCAGGGGGCCCAGGGGCUUCAGCCAGAGACCGGAGCGGAGACCUGGUGGGAGGCACAGCCAGGAGUUUCCAAAGCCUCACAGCAGAAGCAGGGCUGCUGCCUUGGCUGAAAGAAAGGAGUUGUGUCCUGAAGACCCCUCACUGGUAACGGAGGCAGUGGACUUGAAAGAGGAGCGCCGUGAUGUGGAGAGAUGGACCUCGCAGGAGGGGGCUGAGGCCCUGAGCAGGGAGAAGGAGAACCUGGCAUUCAGCCACAGUGACCACAGAGCAGCUCCCAGUUGGCAGGGCCACCACAGGCCCUGGGAUUGUGGGAGGUGGGAGAGGUCCAGGGUCCAGGAGCGUGGUUCCUACCCUAGAGCGCCAAGAGGGCGAGGGGUGUUCAGGCCCAGUGGCCGUCGAGAAGCCCAUCUCCUGGAGAAGGAGAGUGGCUCCUAGCAGGAAUGGUGAGGGACUGGGCUGGAGGAGGGAAGGGCUGUUUCUGGGGAGAACAGGGAAGGCUCUGGUGGAGCAGUAGCAAGCAGACACUGUACCCCUUGAGAGGGAGGAGGCAGUUGGCAUGUGGCACAGCUUGGGACAGGCACUGUCUCCAGGGUACGUGCGGAGUGAAGCAUCCUGGCAUGAGUGACUGGCUGUCACCAGCGUUGGAGAAGCUGACUCCUGACAGAUCAUGUCAGCCUUGGUCUUGGAGGACCCAGGGGGCAGACUGAGGGCCUGCAGCCAUCAUCACCGUACAUGAGCUGCCAAGAAACGUGUGCACCUACAGAGCAAAUGAACCGAGCCCAGCGUGGUGCCAUGGCAGAGCCGGAGUUGUGGCAGGACCUUCCCUGGAAGCCAGCAUCCCAGCAGAGCCAUGGCAGUGCCAAGUGAUGAGGCUGUGUCAGGGCAGCAGCCUGGAGCUCAGCUUGCUAUGUCCCCCAGUCCUUCUCAGAGCGCCUUCUCAUCUGCUGUCCCUGUCCCUUGGAGACGACAUCGCUUCUCCUGCAGCCCUGACCGCUGCUCAGCUGAUGGGCUCGGCCAGGCAAGUCUCUGUACAACAGGACACUUCCCAGUCCCAGCCAGGAGAGCUAAAUUAAGCUUAAGUCAACACAUUGGCAGGUCAGGGCUGUCUGGUGGCUGAGGCUUUGGGUUGGCUCCUGCUCUCCCAGGAAGCCUGAACUUAGCUGGAGCUCCUGCCCUUCAGCUGCUUUUGUGCAGGCAGAAGUUGAUGGGAGAGACCUGGGAAGAGCA